AAAAUUAAUUGGGAAGUGCUGUCUAUGUUGCUGUCGUCUGUUUAGUUUUAUCUGCAGAGACAAUCAGAGCUCCGACGAGACGCCGGCAGUCUCAUGGAAGGCGGCGACGGUCACUCAAGCCCUGGCCGGAGCCACUCGGGGAAGGCGGAGAGGCCGCCGGUGACGAAGAAGUCAAAAACUUCCGAUGAUCCCCAAACUCCACACUUCCCAGGGCCGCUUUUCCCGGCGGUACGCCGCGUAUCUCCGUCUCCGUCGUUUAGCUCCGCCACGGCGGCGUCUUCCUCCGGCGAAAACUCCCCCGGCGGCGACGCGUUCAGCUUCGAUUUCUCGGAUCGAGACUAUGUUUUCCCUUCCAAUCUAGGGCCCUAUUCUACUCGACGCAAUGUUAGCGUCAAGUCUUCUCCGUCCAAAUCGCAGCGGCAGAAUCAACAAUCGAUUCCUCAAUUAACCGCGCGCAGCACGUCGAUGCCGUCUAGUUUUAGCAGCGGCGGCGAGAGAGGAAGAGGAGGCGGCGACGGCGGUGGUUCGGGGGUGGAUUCGCCGCGGGGAGCUAUCAAUAAGACAAAGCUGAGGGCGGACAAAGACUUGAAGGCGUUAUCGCUUCAGGCGUCGGCUUCCUCCUCGCCGGGGCUCGUGGCGUCGCCGCUGCGGCCUCCGCCGCCUCGCGAAUCUACCAAUUUCUGCAGAAGUCAGAGUAACUGCUCCUCCUUAGGCAGUCCAUUGAAGGUUAAUUUGGUCAUAUUUGUUUGCUUAAUUUCUAUUUCUUAUGCAAUUCUCUUGAGGAACGAAAUUGCAACGUAUAAGGAAGAAGUCGCCAACCUUCGUAGGUUUUGUAGUGUCAAGAACACUAUCAGUAGCAACAAUGUCGAAGCCCCGACACUCCAAGAAGGGAGUUCAUUUUUGCAGUCGAGGAAUGCUGACCCUAGAACAAUAGCUCUGUACACGGUGCUCGUCACCCUUGCAACUCCAUUUGUGUUGUACAAGUACCUCGAUCAUCUGCCACGGAUCAAGAACUUUUCAAAGCGGACGAAGGAUUGCAAAGAGGAGGUUCCCUUGAAGAAAAGAAUCGCAUAUAUGGUGGAUGUGUGUUUCUCGGUCUAUCCUUACGCGAAGCUGCUCGCGCUUCUCUUUGCUACACUGUUUCUUAUCGGAUUUGGAGGCUUGGCAUUGUAUGCUGUAAGCGAUGGCAGCUUUGCCGAAGCUCUUUGGCUUUCUUGGUCCUUUGUGGCCGACUCUGGGAACCAUGCCGUUAUGGUGGGUACUGGGCCAAGGAUAGUUUCGGUUUCUAUAAGUUCCGGGGGAAUGCUUAUAUUCGCCAUGAUGCUUGGGCUUGUUUCGGACGCUAUUUCGGAGAAGGUGGAUUCGUUGCGUAAGGGCAAAAGUGAGGUCAUUGAGAGUAAUCAUAUUCUCAUUCUCGGAUGGAGCGACAAACUGGGCUCGCUUUUGAAGCAGCUAGCUAUAGCAAACAUGAGCAUCGGUGGUGGCGUUAUCGUUGUACUCGCUGAACGAGACAAGGAGGAAAUGGAAAUGGACAUCGGUAAGCUCGAAUUCGACUUAAUGGGAACAUCGGUGAUCUGCAGAAGUGGUAGCCCUCUUAUACUCGCCGACUUGAAAAAGGUCUCCGUAUCAAAAGCAAGGGCGAUAAUUGUAUUAGCAUCUGACGAGAACGCCGAUCAGAGCGACGCACGAGCACUCAGAGUCGUGCUUAGUUUAACAGGAGUGAAGGAGGGCCUCCGGGGCCAUGUCGUGGUGGAAAUGAGCGAUCUGGACAAUGAGCCCUUGGUGAAGCUCGUCGGAGGGGAGCUUAUAGAAACCGUCGUGGCGCAUGAUGUGAUCGGUCGGUUGAUGAUACAAUGCGCCCUGCAGCCGGGGCUAGCCCAGAUAUGGGAAGACAUUUUAGGGUUCGAAAAUGCGGAGUUUUAUAUCAAACGAUGGCCCGAGCUGGAUGGCCUUUGCUUCGAAGAUGUCCUUAUUUCUUUUCCAGACGCAAUUCCUUGCGGUGUCAAAGUUGCUGCAGAUGGUGGGAAGAUUAAGAUGAAUCCGGACGAUAAAUAUAUCCUCCGGGAAGGCGAUGAAAUUCUUGUCAUAGCUGAGGAUGACGAUACAUAUGCCCCGAGUCCCCUACCGAAGAUACGACGAGGCCUAUCCCCAAGAAUUACAGAUCCUCCAAAGUUCCCUGAAAAGAUACUUUUUUGUGGGUGGCGCCGCGACAUUGAUGAUAUGAUCAUGGUAUUAGAAGCUUUUUUGGCUCCGGGGUCGGAAUUAUGGAUGUUCAACGAGGUUCCUGAAAAGGAUCGAGAGACAAAGCUGACAGACGGAGGUCUCGACAUAUCCGGAUUAGUAAACCUAAAACUAGUUCAUCGCGAAGGGAAUGCAGUCAUUCGACGCCACUUGGAGAAUCUCCCGUUGGAGACAUUUGAUUCCAUCUUAAUUCUUGCAGAUGAAUCCGUCGAAGACUCCAUCGUGCACUCUGAUUCCCGGUCGCUCGCCACUCUCCUCCUCAUCAGGGAUAUACAGUCGAAGCGACUCCCUUACAAAGACACGAAAUCCGUCCCUUUAAGGCACUCGGGAUUCUCUCAAAGCUCGUGGAUUCAGGAAAUGCAGCAAGCUUCGAACAAGUCGAUAAUCAUCAGCGAGAUCUUAGAUUCCAGAACCCGAAACCUCGUCUCCGUGACAAGGAUCAGCGACUACGUCCUGUCGAACGAACUCGUAAGCAUGGCGCUAGCCAUGGUGGCAGAAGACAAGCAAAUCAACCGUGUUUUGGAAGAACUUUUCGCCGAAGAGGGAAAUGAAAUGUGCAUAAAACCGGCCGAGUUCUACCUUUACGACCAGGAAGAACUCUGUUUUUACGAAAUCAUGGUGAGGGGAAGGCAGCGGCAGGAAAUAGUGAUUGGAUACCGGCUGGCAACGGCGGAGUGCGCCGUGAUCAACCCUGUCGGCAAAUCAACCCGACGUAAAUGGUCCAUCGAUGACGUUUUCGUAGUCAUCUCAUCAGGCGAAUGAGACUGAGGCUAUAAAAACCCCCGAAACCUCAACCUUAGCUGCGCUUUCGAACAGAUAUGGUCACGCCCGCCUCCGAUGGACCAGUCGGAUUCAAGAAAACACCAAAAUGGCAAAAAGAAAGAAAUCGAAAACAUGGCGGGUGACGCCGAGCCCCCGAAAUAACCAAAACCUAAUGGUUAGCAAGGCAGGGUACAAGGAAGAGGUCAGAAAUCUCAAGUUAGCAGAUUAAUAAUACUAAAGGCUUCAAAAAUAUGUUGGAUAACUUUACUGUGUACCUUUCAAAUAUUGAAAUAGUUUCAACUGAGGUUACCUGAUCAUUGACAA